AUGGCAGCGGACGCUCCGCCCCGCAGCCCAUAUGUGGGCCCCACGCGGAGGCGGCGCUCAUUCCGCGGCCGGGAUGCUGCUGCCGCUGGGGCUGGUCGGGCUGCUGCUGCCCGCGGCGCUGGGGGCGGCGCCGGGAGCCGGGGCGCUGCGGGAACUGGAGGCUGCCCUGGACCCUGCGGCCCUGGAGGCGGCUCGCUUCGCCCUGGAGAGCUACAGCCUGGCAGCGGAGCAGCGCGGGGGGCCGGCCCGGCUGGGGGCCAUCCGGCGGGCGCAGGCCCAGGUGGUGAAUGGGAUCAAGUACUAUCUGGAUGUGACCCUGCUGAAGUCACCAUGCAGCCAGUAUGGAUUCACGAACCAGGAUGCCACCAUCUGUGAAAAUUCAGCGGAGCCGGAGCAAAUAUCUUGUCACUUUGAGGUCUGGAGUCAGCCAUGGAUGAACAGGAAGAGGCUGGUGAAGCAGGAAUGUCGUCCAGCUGAGCCAUCAGAGAAGGUCCAAAGUGCAGCCCUCCUGGAGCCAGAGGAGCCGACUCGUGCAAAGACACCAGAAGAGCCAGUUCGCUUGGAGGCCCUUUCCCAGAAUGCAUCCGUCCAGCUGAUCUCACUGUUCAAAGACUUCCUGACCACCUACAAGAAGAGCUACAAGGAUGAAAGAGAAACCGAGAGGCGUUUGCAGAUCUUUGCGGGGAACCUGGAAAAGGCUCGGACGAUCCAGGAGCUGGACCAGGGCACGGCCGAGUACGGAGUCACCAAGUUCAGCGACCUGACGGAGGAGGAAUUUCGCUCCCUGUACCUGAAUCCGCUGCUGGCUAAACUCCCGGCCCGGCCCAUGAAACCGGCUGCCAUCCCCAGCGACCCGCCUCCUGCCGAAUGGGACUGGCGGGAGCGUGGGGCCGUCACUGACGUCAAGGACCAGGGUAUGUGUGGCUCCUGCUGGGCUUUCUCUGUCACCGGCAACGUGGAAGGACAGUGGUUCCUGCGCCGGGGGUCUCUCGUCUCACUCUCGGAGCAGGAGCUGGUGGACUGCGAUGGACUGGACCAUGCCUGCGGAGGGGGACUGCCUUCCAAUGCGUAUGAGGCCAUUGAGCGGCUAGGUGGCCUGGAGACAGAGGGUGACUAUAGCUACGAGGGCCACAAGCAGAGCUGCAGCUUCUCCGCCACCAAGGUGGCCGUCUACAUCAACAGCUCUGUGGAGAUCUCCCGCGACGAGACUGAGAUUGCGGCGUGGCUGGCAAAGAAUGGACCCAUCUCCAUUGCACUCAAUGCUUUCGCUAUGCAGUUCUACAGGAGAGGGGUCUCCCACCCCUUCAGGCUCCUUUGCAACCCCUGGAUGAUUGACCACGCGGUGCUGCUGGUGGGGUAUGGGACACGUGACCGCACCCCCUUCUGGGCCAUCAAAAACAGCUGGGGCAAGAACUGGGGCGAGCAGGGCUACUACUACCUGUAUCGGGGCAGCAGAGCCUGCGGGAUGAACACCAUGUGCAGCUCAGCUGUGGUGGACUAGACACUGCAGGACCUCCCCCACCCCACCUCCCUGUGGAAUCCCCUCCUCUGUGUCUCACUACCCUGCCCCCAGUCACUGCCCCAGCCCCCAGCACCAGCCGUGCUAGGGCCUGCUAGCUUCCCUAGAGCAUAGGAGAGGGACUUGAGAAGGGGGAAGGGCCCUGGCUAAGCUGGGGGAGAUGCCACAGUGUGGAAGCGCAAAGGGGCCGGGGAGAGACUUGACUUGGGGCCGGCUGAUCAGCAGGAUGGGGGAGGCUGUGCCAUGCCACCAGGGGGCGCUCAUGCAUGCAUCUUGAGCCCAGAAGGGAGCCCUCUGCCCUGGAGAAUGCCACCCAGAAAGAGCUGGGCUAGGAUUUCCACUGCAGAAUUUGUCCUUAUGGGCCAUCUCCCAGGGCUGCAUCUUUGCAAGCUCUCCCACUGCUGAGGCUCCUGGCUUUUCCCUCCCCCCUGCCAGCUGAGGUCAGUGGGACAGACUUUGUGGAGUGAAAGGCCACCUAGAGUGGGAUUCUGGUGGCACUGGAGCUGCUGCCCAAUCUAUGCUACAGUCCCUUGGGCCUCCUCCAGCCAUGGGUUUGUGCAAUAUCCUGGAAUGGUGUGCCACUCAUCUCGUGUUCCUCCCACUGCCCCACUGAGCUGGAACCAGGGGUCUUGGCUCCCAGCGCGAGGGCUGCUUUUCAACCCACGCUCUGGAGGCAGCUCGCUCUCUCCUGGCAGAGAAAUGUUCCCCCCCCCCGGUUUGCUUUCAUUGGUGAAUUCAGCACAGUCCCUGCAAGCUGUGCCUGUUCCCAUCGAGGGAGGGCGGGGAGGCACUUUGAAAAGCUGGAAACCCUAAUUUCCAUAUGCCAUUCCUCGCCCUAAUUCUGAUACACUGCCCCUAGCUGGAGCUGCUGCUUCUCUCUGGAACAGGAGCUGGGCCUGCUGGUUUCCAUUUUUCUAGCCUGCCUGGCUGGGUCUAUUACAGGGAAACACUAAGGAUUAUGCUAAAGAUGGGGCAUUAAGCCCAUGAAACUGACCAGUCUGUAGAUUCUGCACCCCUCCCCGCCAAAACCAUUUUUGCUCCUGUCUCAUGUCUUGGGGCAGGGGUUUCAAAAGCUUCAAUUUUGGGGGUGGGACCUUGAAGGAGCCUGGGUUGACAAAGGACAGGCCCUUGAGUCACACUCCCACCCAGCUGUGGCUUUUGGAAAACAUUAAUUGCGGUGCCCCAAAUUCUCCUGGCUCUCAGGGAAAUGGAGGCUGCUUUGCAGGAGGGGAGACUAGACUGCAGGAUACAGCCAGGUUCGGCCCUAGACCAAGGCUGCCCCUAAAUCCGGCCCUGGGUACAGCCAGCUACUGUUUAGCUGAGAUUUCCUCCCCUGGCUCUCCUUUCACUGCCAGGUGGGCAGUCCUCCCUCUGGGCUCCCCUUACAGGCAGAGCGGAAGAAAAGCUCCCUUAAAUUCCAGAGCUCAGUCCUGGCACCAGCUUGCAUGUGAGCAGGGCUGGCCAGCCAAGAAAUCUCUCUUGGAGGCAGCAGUUCUCUGGGAGGGUGGGGGAAGGGAGCUCGGAGCACUGCAUGCUGGGAGUUGUAGUCCACCCACGUCACACACGUGCUGUAUUUUUCAGGUUUCAGAGUAGCAGCCGUGUUAGUCUGUAUCCGCAAAAAGAACAGGAGGACUUGGGGCACCUUUUUCAGCCACUCUGGUGUUGCAAUUUGGCUCUGAGCGAAGAGAAUCCAGCUUUCCUUUAAUGCCAAACUGGCUUUCCCAGACUCCCAGACAGGAGCGUUAAUAUCCUGCCUGGAGCUGGUCAGAAAAUAUUUGAUUUUUUUUCAGUGGAAAGAUGUGAUUUUUUAAUUUUUUUUCAAGAGUGCAAAAAAAAAAAAAAUUGAUUCUGAAAAGGUGCCAAGCUGGGCUCCUUGGUCAGACUGCAUCUCCCAUGAUGCAUUGUAGUCUCCCCUCUUGCUGGCUAACCCCAGUGCCUCAUGGGAGUUGUAGUUUAGGUGCUUCUUGUGCCCAUUCUCCUCUGCAGCUGGGAUCCUUACUCAGGCUAACCUCCCAUGGUACACUGUGCUCUCCCCUUUUGGGGAGGCAAAGGUGGUGUGUCAUGGGAGAUGUAGUCUGGGGAGCACAGUCCGUAAGGGGGAAUAGGGACACAAAGCAUCUGAACUGCACUCCACUGUGGCAUUGUGGUAGCCUGUGGGAACUGGAAUAUUUAAUUGCCAAACUAUUUUGAUUGCCGGGUGUUUGGUUUUUUUGACACAGAAACAAAAACAAUCUAGAUUUUUUUUUCCCACCAAAACCAGAUCGUUUUCACGAAAUAUUCCUUUCGGUGAAAACUUAAUUUCCUGCAGGAAAACCAGCUGGGUCAGACAAUUUUUGCCCAGCCUAUAUGCUGCCUCCACUGCAGCCUUGUCCCUUCCCAUGCAGGGGGUGGGCAGGUGCAGUCUACACUAGGCCUCCUGGCUUCUGCUGCCAGCUCUGCUGCUGCCAAUCUGCGUGGUCUGUGUGCAAGUCCCUUCCCCUUAUCUAUACAGCAAACAUGGGCUAUACCCCCUCCCCGGGGUGCAAAUUCAUAUAGGAAGCCCUUUGUUCAGGCAAAGUGUUAUUGUCAGAGUAGGUGAUCAAAGUUGGGGAAGAUGGGGGGGGAAGCUCUGUGGCUCCCUAUAUCUCCUGCCCCAUCCCCCAAGCACUGGUGUAAGUCCACAGUAGGAUAUGGUCGAAUAGGCCUAGCUGUGAUCUCGCUGCUAAAACCGUUCCAUUACAUUUGAUUCUUUCCGUUUCGCAGAGCCGCACGUAGCACAGGUUGGGGGCUCUGAACGAACGCUGCUAGAGGCUCGCUGCAGUAUUUCCCCUACGGGGGCUCCAUGGUCAAACGCACUUUGAAAGUGGAUUUGCACAAGGCAAGGGGGCAGUAGCCUUUUGUGAUUCUGCUUUAUGCCUGCCCGGGAAGGAUCUAGUCCUCCCGGUGUGUUACUGAGUGACUGGGGUUUUAGUGCCAUAUGUCACAUCGUCACCAGCCCAGAUCUCUCCUAAGCAAUAAAGAAAAGCCUGCAGGUUGUUGGGUUUUUUCCCCCUCCAUUCUGGAAACUCAGGACUGAAUUAGCUGAUCGGGGUUUCUGGCUCACGGACUGAAAUGGCACAGAAAGGGGGCUGGAGUUCUGAUCCUUUGUGGGACUGAACCCCUGCUUAAAAGCACGGGCACUUGUCCCAGAUAGACCACAGCAAGGAAGCUAAAUGUGCAGGUAGGACGAAAGUUCAGCGCACCAUGGCCUACCUCCCAGACGUGGGAGGAACAACGGGCUGCGGUUUGUUAAGCACUUUGCUUUUGGAGGAUGCUGUUACAAGCGGAGGAGCAAGGAGGGGGUCUGUGAGAGGCUUUUUGGUGGCAAAGCUGGAUUUUCCCCCUUGUCGUUUGCACGGAGAAAAAUUCUGCAUGGUUUGUAACAGAAAAAUGCGAAGGGCUGUUCUAUGCUGUUACAAGCGGAGGAGCAAGGAGGGGGUGCGUGAGAGGCUUUUUGGUGGCAAAGCUGGAUUUUCCCCCUUGUUGUUUGCACGGAGAAAAAUUCUGCAUGUUUUGUAACAGAAAAAUGCGAAGGGCUGUUCUCUGUGCCCGAUCUGUGCACCUGGAGGAGAGGGAGGGCAGGCUGGGCCUGCCACAGAGCAGUUGUAGCAGGAGCUCAGAGCGAUGCUGUAGGGUUUGAUGUUCCUUGAUCUGCGUUGUACACUAAUAAUAAAUGAUGAACCCAG